AUGUGGUGGCCCAAGAUUUAUGAUGAUGUUAAAGAUAUAGUGAGUAAAUGUCCCAACUGCCAGAAUUACAGAAUAAAUUAUCAAUUACAUGAAAAAUUACAUCCUUUGUUACCACCUGUCGAACCAAUUGAACAUUGGGGAAUUGAUUUUAUCGGACGCUUAUCCACUACACAGAGUCAUGCUGCUAAGUCAACCGCAGCUCGAGCUCUUGGCGAGGCUACUACAGAAAAUAUGGCUAACUUCAUUUAUGAAGAAAUAGUUAUUCAAUUGGGGCUGUCCUUUUUCGUCCCUGGCCUUCCGGACAUCCAACCAAGUGACGGAAUGCUCGGAAUCGGGUCUAUAUAA